CAACUAUUUUAACAUCAACGACGACUUCUCCGAGCAUCAAGAAAUACUUAAUUUUUCACGUCUCAUUUACGUUUAGGUCAAACAGUCAUAUACAUCGACGAACAAGCUCAGGCUUAGCCGCUGACCCGUGACCCUUACCCAGCUCACUUGGCUGUUCUUUGCAGCAAGGAGGUCGAACAUACCUGCGACACGAGAAAAUGACCUCGCUUUUAUGGUCAACGCAUGAAGUCACGACAGAAACACCGCUGCCAGCAUCAGCAACUCUGUCAUCAGCACUUGCCUUACUUCACGACCAUGCUGCUUUCCAGAGCCAACAACCACUCGCAACGCACAAUGAGCCAAUCUCCACACCACCUAAAGACUCAUUCCUCGCUACCAAAGCUCUAUCUUUCUGCCCUGAAGGCACAGAGCCUGAAUACAGAUCUGUGACAAUCGAGGUGCCCAUGGCUUUCCUCGGUGCGAACACAUUUAUCACUCAUUCAGCUUUUGUUAACACAGAAGAUGGUAUGAUCGUCGUAUUCCAGGCACCGAUGAGCUUGAAUGGAUGGAGUCGAUGGAGUGUCGUGAAGACGGAGAAUGAGGGGGAUGCGGGGCUAUUGCUCAGAGAGCAGGCGACUUUAACCGGACUGAGAUUUCUCAUGCCUUUUGUUGUUGGUACGGAGAAGAAGUCACACAAGGAUUUUCAACUGAACUUUGCGAAGCGUUUGGAGAGUGACGUGGAUGAGAGUGCUACUGUUGCAAAGUCUUUGCCAAAGGUUGAAAGGUCUAAUUUAAUACGAUUUGACUCGAUGUAUCAUGGAAACCAAUACAAGACAGCACAGCUAGCCAUGCUUAAGCUAUCCUGAUCACGACCUUAGAGAAAUGUUUCUGGUCAUCAACCCAAGUGAAGGCUUCCUUGGCCCCAUCAAAACUAAAGAUUCGAUCAUCAACCACC